AUGCCUCAAUUAAAUAGACCAAUAUCACGCACUAAUGCAACUCAAGCAUGUACAAAUUGUCAAACGAGACAUCAAAGAGCUACUGAACCAUUCAUUAGCCAAGUACAAACGUUAGAUGAUCAAAAUAUCGCGUUAAUUGACCCUCAUGAAUCUUCUUUUAGAACUACUGAAGCAUUUAUUAACCAUGAACCAACGCUAAUUACCACAUCAAUUAACCCUUAUGAAGAGUUUCAAUCCUCCUACUCAAAUUUUGGAACCCCACAUAUUUAUAAUUCUAUCACUACCCUUCCUUCUCUCGGAAUUACCGAAGCAUUUAUUGAUCAAGAACUAACACCAAAUUAUCAAAAUAAUACACUAAUUAAUACUUAUGAAAUUACUACUAAAGAAUUUCAAUCUCCUUAUUCAACCAUCGAAACCCCACGUAUUUCUAAUCAUAUCACUACUAUUCCUUCUUUUGGAACUAUAGAACCAUUCAUUGUCCAAGGACAAACGUUAAAUGAUCAAAGUACCACGUCAAUUAAUCCUUAUGAAUAUUUUAAAACUAUUGAAGCAUUUGUUAACAAUGAACCAACACCAACUAUCACAUCAAUUAGCCCUUAUGAAGAAUUUCAAUCUUCUUACUCGAACUUCGGAACCCGACAUAUUUAUAAUUCUAUCAAUACCAUUCCUUCUUUCGGAAUUACAGAAGCAUUUAUUGACCAAGGACCAACGUUUGACGAUCAAAAUACCACGUUAAUUAACACUUAUGAUCCUCCUUUUAGAGCUAUCGGAGCAUUUAUUGACCAAAAACAAAAUAAUCAAAAUACCACACCAACUAACCCUUAUGAAAACUACUACUGA